AUGUCUGUGAUUAUCUUUGGCCCGACUGGUAGCGUCGCUUCCGUUGCGGCACGUACUGCCCAAGAGAAUGGAGCCAAAGUAUUCUUGGCCAUGCGAGACAUUCAGAAGCCUAUUCCUGGCCUGAGUGCUGAGCAAGAACGGAAAGGUGGUUAUGAAAGAAUUCAUGCCGACCUGACCAGCCCCGACUCUGUCGCUGCAGCUGUGAAUGUAUCAGGGACAAAGCGUGCAUUCACCUAUCUUGCUCACGGUACUUCUGACCAUAUGAGAGCCACCCUCACAGCACUCAGAUCAGCCGGCAUUGAGUUUGUUGUUUUCCUGAGCAGUUACACCAUUGCAGGAGAGCCGAGAGACGUUCCCCCGAGUGAAGUUAUCCCUUACAUCCACGCGCAAGUCGAGAUCAGUCUUGACGAGAUAUUCGGGCCUGAUAACUACGUCGCGCUAAGGCCCGGUGGCUUUGCCACGAACUUGUUACGAUACAAGCAGGGAAUUGAAGCUGGAGAGGUAAAAGUCUAUGCACCUGGCUUCAAGUUUGAUUUUAUCACGCCCAUAGACAUGGGCCGUGUGGGCGGCACGAUCUUGGUGCAGGGACCGCGAAAUGGGCAACGGAAGGUGUAUUUGUAUGGCCCGCAGGUCAUUGCGCAGGGAGAUGCUAUUGCGAUUAUUGGGAAGAUUAUUGGCAAAGACAUUAAGGUCACAGCCCUCAGCGAACAGGAGGCUUUGGAUCAGUACACUCAGGCUGGCAUUCCCAAGCCGAUGACGGAAUAUAUAGUGCGAAAGUCUGGAGACACAUCGAAUGAGCUAGCGGACCACGCAUGCUACAACAUUGGCGUUGAGAACGUGCAGUUGUACACAGGGGAGUCUUCCAUGGGAUUCAAAGAGUGGGUGGAGGCAAAUAGAAGACUUUUCAUUCCCCAAGAACCCUGA